AUGGUUGCCGCAGAAGCUCAUUUUGAUCAACAGCAGUUCGUGCCGAAUCCUAAUUUGGAAACAUCGUCUUCGCCCAAAAUGAAGUCGGAACCUGGCGUCUCCGACUCCGGUGAUCAACAGGUCCUCUCAUACCCUCCCCACGCCCCGAUGAAUCAGGUGCCAAAUAUCCAUCAAGAUAUGAGAUACGCCCCCCAAACACACUCCGGGCCUGGGUUCCUGCAAAACCCUUAUGUGCAUGGUGGGUUUGCGAGUGGUGCCCAAGUCCCGAAUGGUGCUGCGCCUCAUGGAAGGCCAGACCCUCCCCCAAAGACCUUCCAUUGCGCAACUUGCAGCAAAGGAUUUGCUCGGCGCAGUGAUUUGGCAAGACACGAGCGUAUCCAUUCCGGUAUUCGACCUCACGCCUGCGAUUGGCCCGGUUGCGGGAAACAAUUCAUCCAGCGAUCUGCCUUGACUGUACAUUCCCGUGUCCAUACUGGUGAGAAGCCUCACAUGUGUGAAAGAUGUGGCAAGCCUUUCAGUGACUCGUCUUCCUUGGCCAGGCACCGAAGAAUACACUCGGGGAAACGACCUUAUAAGUGCCCCUAUGCAAACUGCCAAAAGACGUUCACUCGUCGAACAACCUUAACUCGCCACCAAAAUCAUCAUACGGGUACAAUCGAGGAGGCCGCAGCGGAAACCGAAGCCAAUCUGAGGCAGAAUAAGGAGAGGGCAAGAGUGGGAGAGAGCAUGUUCUCAGAGCAGGCCUCGGUGCACUCGACUCCGUCUCCAGCGCAUCAUCCUAUGUCUCCAGUUAGCGAGCUCCCUCCUUUGAAUAUGACUCGCCCUGAUUACUACCUGGGAAGCGGCUCUAUCCCACCCCAUAUUCGUGGAGACUUUUCGCAAGCAAGCCCUCGGGCAUCUCCCACGGCUACCUCCCCCUCUCUGUCCAGCUUCAACAGUGCUCAGCUCCCUCGGCCGUCAAUGACAUCUCAUCCUACUAAUUAUGCACCUCCCCAACCUCUGGAGCCACCUGCGAACAAUGACCACCGACCGAAUAGCGUCGGCGGCAGCCCUCAUAUGUCGAAUCUUGGUUGGGCUUCACCUUCUCAUGGUAGUAUCCCGUCACCAGGAUCUGCGACAGAUUUCAACUACCCAGAGCCCAAUGGGCCGACCUACGCGAGUCCCAUGCCUCCUCAUAUGUACUUUCCCAACUCCACCAUCCGGCGACCCGCUAGUACUGAACCGGAAAACUAUGAGAUGAAGCCCAAAACCAAUGACCAUUCAUGGUCCACACCGGUCUAA